AUGUUACAAUUUCCGUCAUCAUCACCUAUGGUUGAUGAUAAAAGUAUUUAUAGGCUGAGCCGCAAAUUGAAACAAAACACUCAAAAUAUUUAUGCACGUCUGAAAUCAAUAACGGAGGAUUCGGAAUUUGUGGAGACAGUGUUUCGGUUAUAUCCUACUGUUCCAAAAUACGCAAAUCUGCGCUGUGGGUUAUGGUAUCAUGCUAAUUUCGAUUCAACAUGUUACUUUAAAUCAACAGAUGGACAUACCUAUCAUUGGUCCUUUUCACUGAGCCGACUUAAUUUACACGUUCUUAAAACAGCGCUCACUUCUCACUGUAUCAUGAUUGUGGACUCUACAAGAAAAGGAAAAUUAUUUCCGGACAGCUUCUCUAAAACUGUUCCAAUAUGGUGCUGUGUGAUGAAUCGAGUAUUACAACUACUCAAGUAUGGAAGUAUGAGCUCAGAAUUAAAAUUACCCACAUGGGUUCACGAUACCGAAAGAGUUCAAAUCGAAGAACGAAUGCCUGAAUGGAUUGACACAUUGUUGAAGAGUGGAAUUGAUUUUACGGAAUUUGUGAAAUUGUAUGAAAAACCUCUUCAAUGUGUGUGGAUUUCAAGGAGAACAGAUCUCGAUUUUGUGGAUUCAUCAUUUAGUACGGACGAACUUGAUUUCAUUCCUGUGUUUUUAGUUAGUGUUAGUGAUCCGGAUCAUCCAAUUAAAACAACAAGUUGGGAGUAUAUUCAAGGGGCAGGUGAUGAUCAUGAAACUUGGUCUUUGGGAUUAACACCUCAACUAUUUUGGGAAUUUAAAGAUGCAAUACUGUCACCCACGGUUCACAACGGGGAAGAGUGUGAGCAAGUGAUUCGAGAAAUUCUUGCGAACCAUAGAAAACAAUCUUCCGUUUCUAACAUGCAGCAUUUAUAUGAUUCUUCAUCCAUCUCUCUGUUACACAUUUCAAAACAUGGUGAUGACGAAGCUUCCCUUAAUCCAAUACUACCAAGCACAAAAUUGAACUCUUGCCCUUUAAGUAUUGGACAUUUUUCAAAUUUUGAGAAAAUUGAGAUGUUAAAUACAUACUUCGAAUCUCACUUGAAAGAAACUUCUAGAUUUAUUUGCUGUCAUGAUUACACUCAAGAAUUUUCAUGUGGAAAAGCGUUUUCAAUAAUGGAUAACAAGAAAAAUAAGAGAGGUCUUGAAGAUGAAUUGGCAAGUGUCCUACAAUAUUCUGAAACUCAAUUAGCAUCAGGAAAGGAGUUGUACAUUUUAGGAAGAACAGGUAAAAACGAAGAAAUUGCAAUCGUCAUUGCUAUUUUGUGUAGCAUGUUCACUGAAAAUUAUGAGUUUAUUCAUGACAAGACAUCUCGAGAAGAAACAAUGCGUAAUUUCACUAACAUUGACAAACAAUUUAUUAAGAAGAAGCUCAUGUUCAUUCAAUCGUUUGUUCAUGAUGCAUCACCUUCACGAAACUUAAUAAAGGGUCUCAAUAGAUAUUUUCUUUCUUAA